GGGUGUGUAUUGAGAGUGACCUGCCCUUCUUGAGCAGACGUGACCGCGGGAAACUUCGUCACUGCGAAAGGAGACUCAUCUGUCAUCGAAACUGGAGAAUAAAAUGGCAGACAGUGAAAGAAGCCGCCCAGUACGGGAAAGGAAACCAAGGAUUAUUACACAGUUUGGUUUAGAAGAAAAUAAAAAGAUGAGCAAGAAAGAAACCCAACUCAAAUCACCAUAUGAGGGUGACAUUAAAGAUACGAUGCUAAAGCAACAAAAGACAACAAUAAAAAAGAAAACAGACAAGAGAAAAAGUGACACCAGUGUUGAGAUUCGUGAACUCAGUAAUAAGAAAGUGAAAACUGAUCCUUUGGACAAAAACGAUGACCUCUCCAAAGAUCAGAACAAUUCUCAUAGUAAAAAACAUAUAACAGUGAAAAAAGAGAAAGGCAUUGCAAAAAAGGGUAAAGCUUCUUCAUCGAGGGUAAAAAAGGAAGAAGAGGAUGAAGAUGAACUUGAUGUAGAUGUGAAAGUGAAAAGUAAGAAGACCAGUAAGAAAGGUCGUCAUUCUUGUAGGAAGCUGGUUGGUGCACAUGUCUCAUCUCAAGGUGGUGUACGUAAUGCUGUCUACAAUGCAGUUGAUAUUGGCGCCAGGUCCUUUGCCAUGUUCCUCAAGUCACAGCGUCAAUGGAAGGCCAAACCGCUGGAUGAGAAUGUUGUUGCAAAGUUCAAAGAUGCAUGUAAGGAAUAUGGGUUCACUCCUGAUCUGAUAAUUCCCCAUGGGCCGUAUUUGAUCAACUGUGGUUCUCCAGAGCCAGAUACUCUGCGGAAAAGUCGCGAUGCCCUGGUUGAUGAGUUACAGCGAUGUGAGAAGCUCGGCCUUACCCAGUAUAACUUUCAUCCUGGCUCUACCUGUGGGAAGAUUUCUGUGAAAGAAUGCAUCGCCCUCAUUGCGGAGAGUAUUAACAUUGCUCAUUCCAAGACCAAGUACGUCAGGACAGUGAUAGAAAAUAUGAGUUGCCAAGGAUAUACAAUAGGAGGAAAGUUUGAAGAACUACGUGGCAUUAUUGACAAGGUCAAGGACAAAUCUCGAAUAGGCGUCUGCCUUGAUACAUGUCAUGCUUUUGCUGCAGGCUUUGACCUGACGACUGAUUCAGGCUACAAGAAGUUCAUAUCUGACUUUGACAAGAUUAUUGGUUUCAAAUAUCUUGACGCUCUGCACUUGAACGACUCCAAGGGUGUGAAGGGUUGCCGUCUCGACCGACACGAGAACAUAGGUAAAGGGCACAUAGGCCUUGACGGUUUCCGUAGAGUGAUGAGGGAUCCCAACUUUGAUGACAUCCCCAUGGUUCUGGAAACACCCCAUGGUAUGGGGUAUGACAAGGAGAUACAAAUCCUGCAUGGGCUCUGUCAUGGGUGAUGUCUAGUUGAAUGACUCCAAGUGCUGUUUGAUUCUUGUUUGAACAAGAUCUCAAGGUGCUGCCUGAUGCUUGUUUGAACAAGAUCUCCAAGUGCUGUCUGAUGCUUGUUUGAACAAGAUCUCCAGGUGCUGCCUGAUGCUUGUUUGAACAAGAUCUCCAGGUGCUGUCUGAUGCUUGUUUGAACAAGAUCUCCAGGUGCUGCCUGAUGCUUGUUUGAACAAGAUCUCCAGGUGCUGUCUGAUGCUUGUUUGAACAAGAUCUCCAGGUGCUGUCUGAUGCUUGUUUGAACAAGAUCUCCAGGUGCUGCCUGAUGCUUGUUUGAACAAGAUCUCCAGGUGCUGUCUGAUGCUUGUUUGAACAAGAUCUCCAGGUGCUGCCUGAUGCUUGUUUGAACAAGAUCUCCAGGUGCUGUCUGAUGCUUGUUUGAACAAGAUCUCCAGGUGCUGCCUGAUGCUUGUUUGAACAAGAUCUCCAAGUGCUGUCUGAUGCUUGUUUGAACAAGAUCUCCAGGUGCUGUCUGAUGCUUGUUUGAACAAGAUCUCCAGGUGCUGCCUGAUGCUUGUUUGAUUGAACAAUGUCUCCAAGUGCUUUUUCACCUUUUUACCAGUAAAACAGAUCAUUACAGAGAUUUUCUUUCCUAUUCCAAAUAUUUAUCAAAAACUAAAAAAGAAAAUGUUUAAUUAAACUUAAUUAUGUUAUUUAAAAAAGUGCUAGAGGUUUUACAAACACAAAUUAAUGACAUGCAGUUCUGUCAUAUCAACAUUUUAUUUACAUAAAGUACAUGGCUGUUGCAUACAAGAAACUCUUAGUAGUGUGGACAAUAAAACAUUUCACAAG